AUGGAGUUCUUUGGUUUCCGUGAGGAUCGCAGAAUAAAUAUAGAAUAUGAAUGGAGGCCACAGUUUUGUAAUAAGUGCAAACGUGUGGAUCAUUUGGAAUCCAAUUGUCCUGAUAAGGUUAAGAAGCCAGAGAUGAAAUCGGAGAUUACUGAACAAUGGGUUGUUAAAAAGCGUGGUAAAUUAGUUCCUGUGGAUACUAGUGUAGAAGCUACUGUUGAAGGCUUGGUUGAUGAGACCAACCCUUUAAAUGAAUGGGUUACAUUCAGUGCAGAGGUUGCUGGAGUGAGGUCUCACAAUUCUUUUGCAGCCUUAGAAGUUAUUGCAGAUGAAGAACAAGGAGGAGGAAAAGUGGAUGUUCAGUUCUCCAUGGAUGUUUCAAGUACUGCUGAAGUGGAUAAGGAUGGUUUCAUAAUGUCCAUUUCUGGGAAAAAGAAGGCAAAACAGAAGAAGCAGCAGCAAUUGGUUCAAUCAGAUAGAAUUGCAAGGACAAAGGCUGAAGAGAGAAGAAGAUUAUGGCAAGGUAUCGUAUGUCAGUACCAGUUGGUUAAUGGGCCUUGGUUGGCCAUUGGAGAUUGGAAUGCUGUGAGAGCUCAUGGGGAGAAGCUGGGUGGUUUAAGGGUCCCUCAAGCCAUUCUUAAUGAGUUUAAUGAAGUGCUGCAUAGUUGUGCAGCUUCUAUUUCUGGCCAUUAUGGUAUGAUGGUGUAUUCUUCUGUUCAUUGCUCAAAUGGGCCUCAACCUUUCAGGUUCCUCAAAUUUUGGUGUUUGAUGGAUGAGGUGGAAGGUAUUGUGGCUAGAUUUUGGAAUUCUUCAGUUCAAGGCAACCCUGUUCAUCAAGUCAUGAAGAAGUUGAGAUUAUUAAAAGAAGAAUUGAAAAUACGGAACAAGACCAAAGGUAAUGUUACUGAUAAGGAACGCAAAGCUAGGAAAGAAUUAGAAGUACCUUUGAGGUAUGAAGAGGUGCUUUGGGGUCAGAUAUCCAGAAUUCAGUGGUUCCAAGAGAACAACAGAUGCACAAGGAGUAAGGUUAGUGAGGCGGAAAGAGGUUUUCUGGAAGCUCCCAUGACUGAAGAUGAAGUCAAGCAAGUGGUUAUGAACUUUAAGCCAGACAAGUCUCAGGGACCUGAUGGUUUUCCUUAUAGAUUUUUUCAAUCCUACUGGCAUAUCCUCAAGGCUGCUUUUAUCAAGGGUAGGAAGGUUCAAGGUAACAUUAUUUUAGCUAGUGAUAUUCAUAAAGGUUUUUCUAGUAAAGCUUUUUGUGAUGCUGUUUCCUGA